AUGGUUGGUAGCUUUCACAAUAAAGCUGUUGAAGCUGCUGGUCUUUCAUUUCGUGGUCAUGAUGAAAAUGACACUUCAAACAAUAGAGGUAACUAUUUGGAGCUCUUGCAAUUCCUUGCGGAUCAUAAUGAGAAAAUAAAGGCCAUUGUGUUAGAUAAAGCUCCGGGAAAUCUCAAGCUAAUAGCUCAUUCAAUUCAAAAAGAUCUUGUUCAUUCAUGUUAUAUUGAAACCAUUAAAACUAUCAUAAGUGAUAUGAAGAAUGCUAGGUUCUUUUCUCUAUUGGUUGAUGAGGCACGUGAUGUUUCUAUAAAGGAGCAAAUGGUGGUGGUUUUGCGUUAUGUGGACAAUAAUGGGAAAGUCAUUGAAAGGUUUGUAGGAAUUCAACAUGUUCCCAACACCACUUCAAACACAUUAAAGGAGUUUAUUGAUGCCUUCAUUCAUUUCAAUGAGUUGAGCUUCUCCAAUUUACCAGGGCAAGGUUACAAUGGUGCUAGUAAUAUGAAAGCUCUUGUUGCCGUAGCAAAGGAUAAUGUUGAUGUUAACACAUUCUUCCUAUUGGCUAAUAAUGUGGUAAAUAAUAUUGGAGCUUCAUGUAAGCGUCAUGAUGCACUUAGAGAGAUGCAACAAAAAGAACUUAUGAAAGCUCUUGAAAAUGAUUCUCUUAUGACGGGACAAGGAUUAAAUCAAGAAACUAGUCUCAAACGUGCCGGAGCUACAAGAUGGAAUUCACAUUAUGGUACUUUGAUUAGUUUAAUUACUAUGUUCUCAUCCGUGGUCAAUGUGCUUGAAAUGAUUGUUGAUGAUAAUACCAAUGAUUGUGUGGUCGAAGCAAAUAGGUUAUUGAAAGACAUACAAUCUUUUGAGUUUGUGUUUCUCCUAUUUUUUAUGAAAUCUAUAUUGGGAAUCAUGAAUGAUUUAUCACAAGCAUUACAAAAGGAUGAUCAAGAGAUUGUUAAUUCAAUGGCUUUAGUCAACACAUGUAAAGAACAACUACUCUACAUGAGGAAUGAUGAGGGGUUUGACCUUUUGGUUGACAAAGUAUUGUCAUUUUGUGUCCAACAUCAUAUUGAGGGUAUUAACAUGGAUGAGACAUAUGUAGCUCAUGGGAGGUCGCACCGUAAUACCCACAAAAAGACCAACCAUCAUCGUUACAAAGUGGAGCUCUUUUUUGUUGUCAUUGAUUCCCAGCUUAUAGAGUUAAAUGAUCACUUCAAUGAAACAAGUACUGAAUUGCUCAUUUGUUUGGCUAGUUUGAGUCCAAAUGAUUGUUUUACAGCUUUUGACAAAGAAAAGCUAUUUCGCCUUGCUCAAUUGUACCCUCAAGAUUUUACGAAGCAAGACCUAUUGGCACUUAAAGAUCAACUUGAUAUUUAUAUUCAUUCUAUGCGUUCGAGAAGUGACUUUUCUCAGUUGCAAAGCAUUAGUGAUCUUGCUAAGAAAAUGGUGGAAAAAAGUGGAGAUAGCAUUUUCCGCCAUGAAUAUCAUAAAGAGUCCACUCCGCAACAGAACGGGAGAUCAAUGGUUAAAUGA